GUCGGUUAGGGAACACGGCGGAAGGUCGCGGCGCGUUUCAACUCACAUUCUCGUCGUCUUGAACGAGUUUUUGAUGCGAGCGAGUGUUUCAAGAGUGUCGUAGAGUAUUGAAAAUGAAGUGAUGUGUCGGGCAUUCGUGCCAACAUCCGUCGUGUUGGAUACGAAGUCGUGUCGCGUUCAAUCGUGUUUCGUGUCUUCUCCAUUGUCUCGUAUCUCGAGUUUCCGAUUCGCGUGAGUACCGAAAGUAUUUUGAGAGUGCCGAAAACGAAGGAUCGUGCGUUCGUGCACGAUUCGUGAAUCAAGAUGAAUCGUCCAGAACCGUGAGGAGGAUCUUGGAUCUCGAAUGUUCGAGAGCUGCGGUGGGGCGAGACGGAGCUGGUUGGAGUUGGACAGAGCAACCAGUGGCGAACGCGACCGACAAACAUACCAACCCUUUUUUCUUACGGUCAAAGACUGUCGAUCAAUUCUGGAAAUAUUAUACAUCGUUAACUAAAGAGUAAUAAUAAUACUUCACGAGAGAGCACAUCACACCGUCAAUGCGAGGUGACGCGAGGCGACGCGACACGACCACGAGGCGCCGGGACACGGAGGGUACGACGACACGGAUCGAAGUCACGUAGCGCUUCACAUUUUCAUCAAACAACCGAGUGCCAUAGCUGGGAUCAUAACGACAGAGAACCGGAUGCUGCUUCUUGUCAGCCAGGAAGACAUCGCACUAGCGAGAAGCAUUGCGCACCACCCUUGCCACCCUCGCCGCUCUCGCCGCUCUCGCCGCUCUCACCGCUCUGGCCACCCUCGCCGCCCACCGCUUGUCAACACGUUCUUUCUAGCGGAGUUCGAGCGUUCCUCGUUCCCUCGGUUCCGCAGUGCCCGCCAGUGGAAACGCAGGCGGAAUAGAAGGGUCAUUACCUCACAAGAGAUGGACGCUGUGAACGAAUCCAGGAAGCGAAGCACAGAUAACGUCGUGCGAUAGCAGCGCGUUCGUCGCGGUUGCCUUUGCGACGCGGGGGAGCGGGGAGCAGGGAGCGGGGAGCGAGAACGACGUGUAUUCGGAGUAUAUCUAUUUUAUUAAACGCGAUGAUAUCUCGUAGUGGCUUGGCUGACACGACGUCGGGGUUUCGCGGCGUACACACGGUGCGCGAUGUUGUAUACGUAAACAAGGUCAGCGCGCUACGUUCUAGGCCCGUGGUGGGGAGCGAGGCGAGCGGUCGCGAGCGCUGCUCAUUACCUUUCGCGACGACGGCGACGACGGCGACGCCGCGACAUGACGCAGGUGACGCUCGACUGCGAUACUAACCCUAACCCUAACUCGAUCGAAGCCUCGUACAGAUAUCGGCAGCCAGGUAUUUUACAAGAUUCGUUCGUUUCAAACGGGAAUCGUAGCGUGGGGAUUAAUAUGAUAAGAAUAGUUAUUGCCUCACUGUACUGACGAAGCGUGUCAGGAUGCUUUUUUAACGUACCUUUUGUCGAUCGUAAUACGUGAAUCGUUGAGUCGAAUAAUCUGAGAGUAAUCGGGAGUAAUCGUGACGUAUCGAAUAUACAUAAAUAAUAUAUGCGUCUUGCGGAUUUAUGCCAAAAGUAUAAAUAUGCGCGAGAAGUUUCAUUUACAAAAUUCUGGGACGAUGCACGCGUCUGAUAAUGAGUCAGUCUCUUGACUCGCGUUGUCGUAUCGGGGUUAGUUGGCGAUAAGUUGGCGCUAUUCUCACUUCUCUCGUCCGUUAACGAAAUCCCACGGGAUACGAGGCGGAGCGGUGCGCGACGUCGCGAUGCGUUUAAUCAGCGAGGUACAGCUGUAAUUAGCCUUAUGUUUUAACAGUCGUCUACCGCGUAAUGUAAAUUCGAUGUUUGCGCGUCGGUAAUUUAUUAAAACGCUCAUUCGUUCGAAACUUGCCGACGCGACGGAAGCGGACGAGCGUGGCAUUACGGAUGGAUAAUUAUCAUUAAUUUCGACUCGCGCGUGUUUGUUUUCCCUCGCGUAUCGUGUAACGCGGAAUAAUAGAGACGCUCGACAACAACGAAAGUCAGAGUCCAAAAUCUGAGUGUGCAUCAUCGUCGAAGUACGCGAAAGGGCGCGGGGGACGGGAGGGGAAAAGAGGUUAGCGCGGUAAACGUCGACGUUGCAUCUCCGCGGCGCGGCGCGGCCGGCGGGUGGCGCGUGGCGCGUGAAGUUAGCCGCGUUCUUCCCGAAUUUCCACCGUUGGUCAUUCGAGAUUCGUCUAUUACGGUAACUUACGUGACGUCGCGUCUGUCGAGCGGAUCGCGGUGUCGUGCACAAUCGUGAUUCUUUCGCGUUAUUCCUCCAUCGUAGUGUGGUAAAGUGCGCGUGUCGGCUGCAAUUAAUGCCGGGAAUGCCGCGCGAUCGUUGUAUUCAGGUGAUCACGGCGCGUACGCUCGUAAUUAACUCGCGAGUGUUGUGUGAGUGCUCGUGGAAGGAGCCAGCCAGGCAGUUUGCAUGGAGGGCCGCGAGAGGAGAAAGCGACCUGGGAAGGCAUCGGGCAACGGCGGAGCAACCAUCAGGAUUAAUAUUCGUAUUACAAUUUCACUGCUACGCAUCGUAUCGAUUAAAUCGUAGGAUCUGAGAGAAGGUACCUAACCUAAGUAAUUCCGCUCCUUGCGCAUCGGGUCGAUAAUCAUUCAAUGACUGAAGGUUAAAUAUUGUUUAUGACAUUUGUCAGAAGAUGAUUAAUAAAAAAGACAUAAAAUAAUAACAAAGUGCAGAAAGAAAAAGGAUUCGUGUGGGUGGAAUAGUUUGGUGAUCCGACCACGAGAGCGCUGCGCCGCGUCGGUUUGCGUGGAGAUACGACCCUUCGAACUCGAGCCGACUCGAAGGCGGCUCAUUCGGUCAGUGUUUACCGCCACUGAGUAGAUCGUGCGCGCUUUUACGUGACUGUAGUCGCCUACAGUCAGCUACGUGACAGUGAAAAGUACUCGCGGAUAAUGUUGAAGCGAAAACGAUCGUCGAGCGAUGUUGCGCGAUGUAACGCGAUGAGGGAGUUUUCAAUUUAAAAAAAAAAAAAAAAAGUUUAAAAAAGAAUUUGAUAUUGUAUAAAAGAACCUUGUAUAUUAUUUCCACCAAGACUAUUUGCGCCGGGCCGCGAGGACGUGGCGAGCCGGCGGAUAGCACUGGUGAAAGCACCCGGGAUCAUUUCGAUCGGCCCGCGGACUUUCGCGCUGUUAGGCGCGGUAAUAAAAUGCGAGCCUCGGGCAUGCUCGCGCCGCUUCAACGGAUUUCCGAACGGGAGACUCGCGAGUGAACGUUUCGUGAUUACGAGUGAUUUGCCCCGAUCGAUCGUCGAUGGCGAAAUCUGAGGCAGAGAAUGGUACGUUUAUCUGCGAGCGGGAUCUAUGACUUGGCGAACGUAUAGUGCGGGUGUGUAUCACGGAUCUAUAUCGCACCUCGCGAAUUGUGUUCGAUCUUCGAUCGUACACGUGUUUCUUCACGUGUUGCCGCUCACGCAGAUCACGGAUUUCGUCCGAAGGACGUGAGUCGAAAGGAUCUCUGCAGCCUUAAGGCUAUACUAAAAACACGACUAUACGGAAUUCCCACGAACAUUGGAAUUCCCUUAAUCCCCACAAAUAUUUCAGCCGCGCAUUUCAAAAUGCCCCGAUUCGUAAGCUAUCGAAUUAUCAGUUUGCUCACGCCGUAAAUCCCCGAGCGUUCUUCAAAUUCGCGUGCAGCUUUCGCGUCGAAGGAUCCACCCUCGGCAGCCACCCUCGAACGAGUGGUUUUUCCUCGUCAGUCGACAAUGUCUUGAUCGAGUCGAUCGCUCGAGUCUCCUGGUCUCGCAAAGAUGACGUCCGAUCGCUCGAUCCGUUUGCCGAUGCUCCUCCUCCUCCUCCUCCUCCUCGUUUAUCGCCCCUUCGUCUUCGGCGAGCAAUAUUUUAUCGAGAAACCGCAGCUCUACCAGGAAGUGUCGGCCGGGCAUGAUGUGAGACUGCGUUGUAUAGUGCAGAAUAAAGGUGGUACGUGCCACUGGCAAAAGGACGGGAAACCGGUGCAAGUACAUUUAGGCAAAUACGAGUGGGACAAUCGCGAUAACGGCGACUGCACGCUUACGAUUAAAGAAGCCAAUCUCCACUUUGACGAUGGCUUUUGGGAAUGCCAGGUCACUUCCAGCCACUUUACCCGCCAAGAUUCGCUCACGUCCGACAAGGCCAGACUACUCGUGAGGGUAAAACCUAAAGAGCCUCAGCUGGAAAUAACGGGAAAAACUCUAGGCACCUCCCUAAAGCUGAUGGAGAGGGAGGAACAAAUAAUUUCCUGCGUUUCGAAACACGGAAAUCCACCCGCCCUUAUCAAGUGGUUCAUAGGGAAUCGCGAAGUGGAAUCUUUCAGGCCGCAGAGCAACGCAACGGAAGUGGAUGAUCCGAAGACCUGGGCGGCUCAUAGUCUUCUACGGAUGUAUGGACAGAGGCAGAAUCACGGUGAACCGAUCCGAUGUGUGGCCAUACAUCCAGCGAGCUUAACACCACAGAGCGCAGAGACGCGGCUGGACAUUCAUUAUAUACCGGAAGUGCGACUCGAAACGAAUCCUCAACCGCUCGCGGCAGCUCCGGAGGAUUCGGUGAGCUACUUGAACCUAAAGUGUUUGGCGGACGCUAAUCCAGUCCCGAUCAUCAAGUGGUUGAAAAAUUCAAUGCUUCUCGACGCGUCUUUAACGUCGCUGACGCAAAGCAAAAUGACACCGCUGAACGAUAGCAUGUGGAGCGCCGAGUUGCGCUUCGAGCCGGUCACGAGACGAGACGCCGGCCUCUACUCGUGCAGGGCGGAGAACGCCGUCGGUGAAAGCAUGUCCUCGCAUUACAUGCUCGAUGUGCAAUAUAAGCCAGAGUUGAAGAGCAUGGACGAAAACAGUACGUUUAUGGACACGGAGGAAACUGCGUUGUUGGGUUCCACCGUAAACCCCUUCGAGUGCAAUGAGUUUAACGCCAAUCCGCCCGCUCAGUACAGAUGGGUACAUCUACGUGGUAGUUUGAGGGAGACGAUCGAGAACCGCGUGCAGAACAAGGGCGGCGGCCGACGCCUGCACCUCGAGAACAUCAUGUGGUCCGACGAGGGGGAAUACCGUUGCUUUGCCUUCAACACGAUCAACGGCGUCAGACGGGAGACUCAAGACAAUAAACGCUACGUAUUGCACGUCACUGGACCACCAGAGAUUCAGGUUAAACGAUUGCCCGGCGACAGGGACCUGUACGAGUCUGUUGGAUGGGCCGGCGAACCCGUGCACAGGCUCAAAUCCCGAUUCUGCUCGCGGCCACCACCAAAAGUGGUCACUUGGGAGUGGGGCAGUUCUCAUAUUCGAGCUGGAGAAAACGUUCAUCCAAAGUACGAAGCCCUGCCGUUAGAGCCUAUCGUUGAGGACAAGAUGGUGACCAACUGUUACUGGGCCAAGUUGGAAAUCAAAGAUCUGCGAAAAGAGGAUGCCCGAAUGUACACUUUGUUGGUAAAGAGCGAACAGGGUAGUGAUUCGACGAAUAUUAGAUUGAUAGUGAGAGACCCGACGGAGAUGCGCGUGAUAGCCGCGACCGUAGCGGUUGGUCUGCUGCUCCUGUUACUCCUCAUUUCCGUCAGCGUGUACUCGCUGCUGAGACUGCGACGUGGACGAUAUCGGCAAAAGGUGGAGGAGGAGGGCAGCAUCGCGGCCGAUGCGCUUUACAGUAACGGCGCGUCGAUGGACCAGCAAAAGUCCAUCAAUUCAUCUCACGCGAAGCCUUUUGCGAGAAAAUCCAGUUUAGACGGCGGCCAGAAUGUAUACGAUUACAGUCGCAUCGCGAAGCAAACGCGUGCCAUGAGCCCAGAAGCGCUGAAAGUCAGAAGAGCACCGGCGGUUCUACAGCCGCCCACCAUCGUGUAA